AUGAGUAAUACUUCUAGAGUAGUUCUGUUCUCACUGUCUGGCUUCAGUGCCACUGCCAACUACAAAAUCACAAUUGUGUUUCUCAUUUUACUAUGUUAUUUUCUAAUUUUGGUCAUAAACUUGUCGCUUAUUUUAACAAUAGUCUUUGAUCCAAAUUUACAUGAACCAAUGUAUGUUUUUCUGUGUAAUCUGUGCAUCAAUGGAAUUUAUGGGGCUGCAGGCUUUUAUCCUAAGUUUGUCUAUGAUCUUCUGUCUGAUAAACAAGUCAUAUCAUAUACAGGAUGCCUUUUGCAAGUCUUUGUUGUAUAUUCCAAUUCAAAAAUCGACUACUCUAUUCUAGUUCUUAUGGCCUACGACAGAUAUGUGGCCAUAUGUCGACCACUGGAGUAUCACUCUGUGAUGUCUGUGAGAAGGACCGCUGUGUUAAUUGUUUUUUCCUGGCUUGUACCUCUCUUCUGUGAGGGUAUGGCUACAACUUUAACAUCUAGUCUAAAAUUAUGUGGCUCUCACAUAAAUAAGCUCUAUUGUGAGAACUGGUCAAUAGUUAAACUUGCUUGUGGCUCAACAAAAGCAAACGAUAUUGUUGGAUUAGUUAUUAUCAGUUUUUAUUGUGGACAUGUUAUCCUCAUUGCAUGUUCAUAUCUACAUUUGUUAAAAUCAGCUGUGAAGUCAAGAGAAGGCAGGAGAAAGUUUACACAGACAUGUGUGCCACAUGUGUUAUGUUUGCUUAAUAUCACAAUUGCUUUGCUUUUUGAUAAUAUGUAUUCCAGGUAUGGAUCAGUAUCUGUGCCACAGAAUUUGAGGAAUUUCAUGGCCAUAGAAUUUCUCAUAAUCCCACCUGUUACGAACCCUGUUAUUUAUGGACUGAUUCUGACUAAAAUUAGAAACAGGGUCAUAUUUUUGUUUGUGAUUGCUCAUGGAAGACUUAAAUUGAGCACUGAGGUUUGA